CUUCCAAUAGCUAGGAACCGAGAGAGAGCUUAUAGAGUAGAAAUGGUGUCGCCGAUAUAUUUGUACCGAGGGAACCUCCACCAGGUUCCCGACCAGCCUCGGGAAUGGCCGAUGCCACCUCGCACGGUCUCCCUCAGAGACUUUCGUAUCCUCACUCGCCGCCGCGACGCUGCCCUUGCUCGCCUUCGUUCCGACUCCUCAGACCUUGACCCAAACCCUAACACCAACCAUGCUGCGAAUCAAGAAGAAGAAGUAGAUGCGAAAGAGAAUAAACCAACGGAGGAAGAGACUCAUGGAGGAGACGCCUGCAAUCGGAAGACUCUGGAUGGCGGUGAUUUGUCGCCGAAAUCUGUUGAUGGCUCUGAUGCAUUUCAGGAUGUGAAACCUGAAGGGGCGUCUAAAAGCGCCGUCAAUCCAACGGAUGCGACUGGAAAAUCACAGGACGAAAUGCUAGUGGAGACAGAGGAUGCAAAACCUGAAGGGCUGCCUCAAAGCGCCACUGAUCCAGCUGAUGCAAGCGGAAAAUCACAUGUCAAAAUGCCAGUGGAGGCAGAGGCAAGCAUCAAAGUGGAUGUCUUAAUUGAUAAAGAGAAAAGGAAAAAGGAAAUUCAGGACAGAUUGCAAACUCUGAAUGGAAAGAAACAUAAUUUAGUACAACUGCUGAAACAGAUCUUGAAUGUAGAAGAAGAAUUGAAGAGGCGAAGUAGCCCACAAGGAGUAGGAAAUCGUCCAUCCGUUCCACUUCAAGUGGAUGCUAUGAAUGAUUCUGGGUCAAUGACUAGGCUUGCCACUCCUAGGUUGGGGUCAGAUGGAAAUCUUGGCCAUGUUGAACCUGGAGAAGCUGAUGAUCUUUCAAACCAGAAUGUGCAUUCUCGCCAUUUGCUUCGCACAAGUAGCACAUCACCAUCUUCUGAUUCUCCUCAUAGAAGACCAGCCUUAACUGUGGUUCCACAUCCUCCUCGAGCAAGCUUGGCUGUUGUUGGCAGUCCGUCACGUUUUGCUCCCCCAGGGCACCAAGGUCAUCCUACAAAUCCGCCAACAGUAUCUGUUUCCGGGACAAGUUACAUGGCUUCCUCCCCUUCUCCUGCCGCUUCAGGUGGUACUUCAGCAUUUAGAGAUUGUAGACAGCCAAGUCCAUGGAAUUAGAAGCUUUGAUGCUUUUGCUUUUCUUCAGUCAGUUGAGAAAUAAACGUGCCAAGGGGGCCUGAUUCGAAUUCAACUUUCUGCAGAACAGGGACAGAUCCCCUAGUUUCCAAAUGUGUAAAAAUCUCUCUUUAAGCUAAUGUUUGGUACUUUCCAUUAUAGACCAGAGUGCAAGGCUAUCUACUUUCAAUAACUGUCAGCAUCGCUCCUGUAAAUUCAAGAAUCUUGGUUGUAAAUGUGUUAGAAAGAACUGAAACAUGAGCAGUCAUUAGCCUGAGUUGCCGGCUAUGUUCUUGUUA